CUUCGACAUCCUCAUCCUCAUGACCAUCUUCGCCAACUGUGUGGCCCUGGGGGUCUAUAUCCCCUUCCCCGAGGACGACUCCAACACCACCAACCACGACCUGGAGCAGGUGGAAUACGUCUUCCUCAUCAUCUUCACGGUGGAGACGUUCCUGAAGAUCAUCGCGUACGGGCUGGUCCUGCACCCCAGCGCCUACAUCCGCAACGGCUGGAACCUGCUGGACUUCGUCAUCGUGGUGGUGGGGUUGUUCAGCGUGGUCUUGGAGCAAGCAUCCCACAAGCCCGGGGACGCCCACCACAUGAGCGGGAAGCCGGGCGGCUUCGAUGUCAAAGCCCUGCGGGCCUUCCGCGUCCUCCGGCCCCUGCGCCUCGUCUCCGGCGUCCCCAGCCUGCACAUCGUGCUCAACUCCAUCAUGAAGGCCAUGGUGCCCCUGCUGCACAUUGCGCUGCUUGUCCUCUUUGUCAUCAUCAUCUACGCGAUCAUCGGCCUGGAGCUCUUCAUCGGCCGCAUGCACAAGACCUGCUUCAUCGUGGGCUCAGACCUGGAGGCCGAGGAGGAGCCCUCGCCCUGCGCCUUCUCAGGGCACGGCCGGGAGUGUCCCCUCAACAGCACCGAGUGCCGGGGCCGCUGGGAGGGGCCCAACGGCGGGAUCACCAACUUCGACAAUUUCUUCUUCGCCAUGCUGACCGUCUUCCAGUGCAUCACCAUGGAGGGCUGGACCGACGUGCUGUACUGGAUGCAGGACGCUAUGGGGCACGAGCUGCCCUGGGUUUACUUCGUCAGCCUGGUCAUCUUUGGCUCCUUCUUCGUGCUCAACCUGGUGCUGGGGGUGCUGAGCGGGGAGUUCUCCAAGGAGCGGGAGAAGGCCAAAGCCCGGGGUGAUUUCCAGAAGCUGCGGGAGAAGCAGCAGAUGGAGGAGGAUCUCAGGGGCUACCUGGACUGGAUCAUGCAGGCCGAGGACAUUGACCCCGACGACGAGGAGGGGGACCCCGAGGACAAGCACGCCCGGGUGACUGUGGAAGACCUGACGCAGAAGAAGAAAGACCGACUCCAAUGGCUCCGUCACUCCAGCCAUUCCACCGACACCCACACCAGUCUCCCCGCGAGUGAAACGACGUCCGUCAACACCGAGAACGUGGGCGAAGAGGAGCAUCACGCCACCUGCUGCGAAGUGUAUCUAGGCAAAAUCUCAAAGACAAAAUUCUGCCGCCGGUGCCGGCACAUGAAUCGCCACCUGCGGAAGAGGUGCCGCCUGGCCGUGAAAUCCGUCUCCUUCUACUGGAUGGUCCUGAUCCUCGUCUUCCUCAACACGCUGACCAUCGCCUCCGAGCACGACAACCAGCCCGACUGGCUGACACAGAUCCAGGCCUACGCCAACAAGGUGCUGCUCUCGCUCUUCACGCUGGAGAUGCUGCUCAAGGUCUACGCCCUGGGCCUGCAGGGCUAUUUCAUCAGCUUCUUCAACCGCUUUGACUGCUUCGUGGUGUGCGGGGGCAUCCUGGAGACGCUGCUGGUGGAGCUGCAGGUCAUGGAGCCGCUUGGCAUCUCCGUGCUCCGCUGCGUCCGCCUGCUGCGCAUCUUCAAAGUCACCAGGCACUGGGCAUCGCUGAGUAACCUGGUGGCCUCGCUGCUGAACUCCAUGAAAUCCAUCGCGUCCCUGCUCCUGCUGCUCUUCCUCUUCAUCAUCAUCUUCUCCCUGCUCGGGAUGCAGCUUUUCGGGGGCAAGUUCAACUUCGACGAGACCCAGACCAAGCGCAGCACCUUCGACACCUUUCCGCAGGCGCUGCUCACCGUCUUCCAGAUCCUGACGGGCGAGGACUGGAACGUGGUGAUGUACGACGGGAUCAUGGCAUACGGGGGGCCCUACUUCCCCGGCAUGCUGGUCUGCGUCUACUUCAUCAUCCUCUUCAUCUGCGGCAACUAUAUCCUGCUGAACGUUUUCCUGGCCAUUGCUGUGGACAAUCUGGCCGAUGGGGACAACAUCAACUCGUCCAAGGAGGAGGAGAGCAGAAAGGGGAAGGCGGCGGAUGAAGCCCAGGGCAGCGGCAGCCAGGAUGGCAGCAUGAAGGUAAGAAGUGCCCCCCCGCCAGGGUGGGGCAGCCCAUAUUCCCCCCCCAUAUCCCCUCUUCGCAGCCUCUUCUCUGUGCCGUGCGGGGAGGAAGAGGAGGAGGAGGAUGAAGAAGGGAGUGAAGAAGGAGGGGAGGAGCCGGAGGAGGGCGACCAGGAGAGCCUGGCCAAGUCCCACCUGGACAAGCUGGAGCAGGCACCGACCGAGAAAGUUCUGCCCAUCCCGGCCGGCAGCGCCUUCUUCAUCCUGAGCAGCACCAACCCGCUCCGGGUGGGGUGUCACGCCUUGAUCCAUCACCAUAUCUUCACCAAUCUCAUCCUCGUCUUCAUCAUCCUCAGUAGUAUCUCGCUGGCUGCCGAGGACCCCAUCCGGGCCCACUCCUUCCGCAACAUCAUUCUGGGGUACUUGGACUAUGCCUUCACCUCCAUCUUCACCAUGGAGAUCCUGCUCAAGAUGACAGCCUAUGGGGCCUUCCUCCACAAAGGCUCCUUCUGCAGGAACUGGUUCAACCUGCUGGAUCUGCUGGUCGUGAGCGUCUCCCUCAUCUCCUUUGGGAUCCACUCCAGCGCCAUCUCUGUGGUGAAGAUUUUGCGUGUGCUGCGUGUGCUGCGGCCUCUCCGAGCCAUCAACCGGGCCAAGGGGCUGAAGCAUGUGGUCCAGUGCGUCUUCGUGGCCAUUCGCACCAUCGGCAACAUCAUGAUCGUCACCACCCUGCUGCAGUUCAUCUUCGCCUGCAUCGGGGUGCAGCUCUUCAAGGGCAAAUUCUACAGCUGCACGGACGAGGCCAAGCACACACCGGAGGAAUGCAAGGGCACGUUCAUCGUGUACAAGGACGGGGACGUGGGGCACCCCAUGGUGCGUGAGCGGAUCUGGCACAACAGUGACUUCAACUUCGACAACGUCCUGUCCGGCAUGAUGGCCCUGUUCACCGUCUCCACCUUCGAGGGCUGGCCCAGCCUCCUGUACAAGGCGAUCGACGCCAACGGGGAGAACCGGGGCCCCAUCUACAACUACCGGGUGGAGAUCUCUGUCUUCUUCAUCGUCUACAUCAUCAUCAUCGCCUUCUUCAUGAUGAACAUCUUCGUGGGCUUCGUCAUCAUCACCUUCCGCGCCCAGGGCGAGCAGGAGUACCGCAACUGCGAGCUGGACAAGAACCAGCGGCAGUGUGUGGAGUACGCGCUGAAGGCCCAGCCGCUGCGGCGCUACAUCCCCAAGAACCGGCACCAGCACCGGGUGUGGGCAGCUGUGAACUGCUCGGCCUUCGAGUACGGCAUGUUCCUGCUCAUCCUGCUCAACACCAUCGCCCUGGCCGUGCAGCACUACGAGCAGUCGCAGCCCUUCAACUACGUCAUGGACCUGCUCAACAUGGUCUUCACCGGCCUCUUCACCGUGGAGAUGGUGCUGAAAAUCAUCGCCUUCAAACCCCGGCACUAUUUCUGCGACGCCUGGAACACCUUCGACGCGCUGAUCGUGGUGGGCAGCGUGGUGGACAUCGCUGUCACCGAGGUCAAUAAUGGCGGCCAUGUCGGAGAGAGCUCGGAGGACAGCUCCCGCAUCUCCAUCACGUUCUUCCGCCUCUUCCGCGUCAUGCGGCUGGUGAAGCUGCUCAGCAAAGGCGAGGGGAUCCGCACGCUGCUCUGGACCUUCAUCAAGUCCUUCCAGGCCCUGCCCUAUGUCGCCCUGCUGAUCGCCAUGAUCUUCUUCAUCUACGCCGUCAUUGGCAUGCAGAUCUUCGGCAAAGUGGCGCUGCAGGACGGGACGCAGAUCAACCGCAACAACAACUUCCAGACCUUUCCCCAGGCCGUGCUGCUGCUCUUCAGGUGCGCCACGGGGGAGGCCUGGCAGGAGAUCAUGCUGGCCAGCCUGCCCGGGAAGCGCUGCCACCCCGAGUCGGACGUGGGGCCCGGCGAGGAAUUCACCUGCGGGAGCCACUUCGCCAUCGUCUACUUCAUCAGCUUCUUCAUGCUCUGCGCCUUCCUGAUAAUUAACCUCUUUGUGGCCGUGAUCAUGGACAAUUUCGACUACCUGACCCGGGACUGGUCCAUCCUGGGCCCUCACCACCUGGAUGAGUUCAAACGCAUCUGGUCUGAGUACGACCCCACUGCCAAGGGCCGCAUUAAACACUUGGACGUGGUGACCUUGCUACGCCGGAUCCAGCCACCCCUGGGCUUCGGGAAGCUCUGCCCCCACCGCGUGGCCUGUAAGAGGCUGGUGGCCAUGAACAUGCCUCUCAACGCAGACGGCACCGUCACCUUUAACGCCACUCUCUUCGCCCUGGUCCGCACCUCACUAAAGAUCAAGACCGAAGGGAACUUGGACCAAGCCAACAAAGAGCUCCGGGCCGUCAUCAAGAAGAUCUGGAAGAGAACAAAACCCAAACUCCUGGAUGAGGUGAUACCUCCACCAGAAGAGGAGGAGGUCACAGUGGGGAAGUUUUACGCCACAUUCCUGAUCCAGGAUUAUUUCCGGAAGUUCCGGAAGCGGAAGGAAAAGGGGCUUCUGGGGCCGGAUGCCUCCCCCAGCAACUCCACUGCCCUGCAGGCCGGGCUGCAGACCCUUCAGGACCUGGGUCCCGAGAUGCGCCAGGCGCUGUCCUGCGACCUGGAGGAGGGGGAGGAGGCGGCCGGGGACACCCUGUGUGAGGAGGAGCAGCUGACGUGCCAGACCCCAGAGGGACUGCUUGGCAACGCCCCCGAUCACCGCCCCACGCCGCCCGUCUCCGCCCCGGCCGAGGGGGGUGGGGAGCCCCUGGCCAAUGAGCUGCUGGACCCCCGGCGCCCCUCUUGCUCCAGUCUGGCCAGGACCCCCAGCAGCCCCCCCAGCUACGAGGAGAAUGAGAGGGGGCAGGAGGAGCUGCCUGAGCUACCCCACAUCCCCAACAGGCAUUGCAGGAACACGCGGAGCUCUAACGGGAGCUGUAUCCCCCGGACGGUGCAUGAGGAGUCCGCCCCAGCCGAGGAGACGGCGGGGCAGCAAGGCUACAAUAGCCGGGAGGACGACUCGGAGAGCCUGGCAUCUCAGGACAGGCAGCCGUAUCCGGGGGACGCCCGGCUCUACUGGCGCCGCUGGGAUGAUGGUGGCUAUGGGGGGUCCCUGCCGCUGCCCCAUCGCCGCCUCUCCAACACCCACCCGGACGGGGGGCCAGGGGGGCGCCUGGCCAAGCGCCGACGCCUCCUGCCCCCCACACCCGCAGGCCGGAAGUCGCCCUUCCUCAUGCAGUGUUUGCAGCGGCAGGGCAGCUGUGAGGACAUGCCCAUCCCGGGCACCUACCACCAGAACGCCCCAGCCCGGCGCCACCACCCGCAGGGCUACGGCAGCAGCGCCUCCUGGCACAGCACCAGCCACCCCUCAGGGGACUCCUCGCAGGCCUGGGCUGCGCCCCCCAAGCGGGGCCGGCUGCUCUACGCCCCACUGCUGCUGGUGGAGGAGGGGGGGCUGACGGUCAGGGGCUGGGGGGAGAAGAGCAGCAGCCACAGCCUCCCGCCCCCCUCCCGCACCCGCUGGGGGGCCCAUGAGCCGGACCUGCCCUGGCCCCCCUACACCCAUCUCCACGUGCCCAGUCCCAGCUACCACGACCAGCGGGGCAGCGCUGACAGCCUGGUGGAAGCCGUGCUGAUCUCGGAGGGCCUGGGGCUCUACGCCCGGGACCCCAAGUUCGUGGCCUUUGCCAAGCGGGAGAUCGCCGACGCCUGUCACAUGACCAUCGCCGAGAUGGAGAGUGCCGCCUCCGACCUGCUGAGCCGCAGGCGGGGGGCCGGGGGGCGCAGGGGGCCCCUGGGCAGCGACGGGGAGGGGGCCCCCCUGUACAGCGACGAGGAGCCCCUCCGCUCGCGGGCCGAGGACGAGCUGGCCGACGAGAUGGUCUGUGUGGCCUCGUAUUGACCGGGGCGGGGGGCGCGAGGACCCCCCCGAGGGGACCCCCAGGACUCAGAGAUACAGCUGGACCCACCCCCAAGGGCAGGGAGCCGGGGGAGCCCCCCGGGGUGCAGCUGGGGGGAAUGGGGGGGCAGAAGAAGACAGAGGAGGGGGCUCCCCCCCAAACACAGCCCCCUCAUUGGCCGAGGCAGGCUCCUGCCCUGGGAGGGGGGCUGUGCCAGCAGCCCCGCCUCCUUUGCUGAAGCCACGCCCCCACGCAAUGGGGAGCCCCAUAGGGUAUUGGUGGGGGGGAGCUGGGACAGUUUAAUAAAGUCUCUUUGGAAGAA